UUCUUCACACCAUUAAUUUUCAGAAAAUCCUCAAAAAUCAAUCAUGAGAAGAAGAACAAAAGGCUUCAAAUUGAAAAUCAAGCUUCUCAAGAUCUUCAAAUGGAGAACCCAUUUCUUCAAUCUUCAUACUUAUUCCAAUCCCUUCUCCAAGCUUUUUUCUCUUGCAACCGCGCCGUUUUCUCGCCGGGUCGGGUACGCCCGCCUAAACCGGGUGCGGUCUACGCCGGCAGUGGCGACGCCAAAAGGGUAUUUGGCUGUCCACGUCGGCGGACCGGAGGAUGAGACGGAGAGACAUCUUGUGCCGGUGAUUUACUUCAAUCAUCCCAUGUUCCGGAAAUUGCUGCAGGCGGCGGAGGUGAUUUAUGGGUUUGAUUAUCCCGGUCGGAUCGUUAUUCCGGUUGAUGUUUCGGAGUUUGAGGAGGUUAAAAAUGGUAUUGCGGCCGCGGAGAACGGCCGCUACUGUCGGCGUAGCGGUGGAUACCGACGCCGGCGUUGUGGAAAGUAGAAUAUGUUAAUAGUUUGAGAAGAGGUGAUCGAGCAUGGAUCGUAGUCGAUUUUUCGAUCAAACAAAGUUCAGUAAAUCUUCGAACCAAGUCCGACCGGAUCAUGGAGUACAAAUUGUUUGAGAACAAAACUUAGAUGAUCGCGGAGAGAGAAGUUUUGUACAAAUGAUCAAAUUUUACGACGAAACAACAUCUAACUUCUGAUUUUAAACCUAAAGUAAGUUAUGAAUAUCGUCAGUAGUAAAUAUCUAUCUGUAUUGGACAAAAUCAAUGACAUUCUUUUUAAAUAAAAGUGUUGGAGAUUAUCGAUUUCAAAUA